AUUCUCUUUGUAUUCAGUAGAUAAAACAGUUUCAAAAGCAACAAUCUUGAGGGUACACAAUGAAGGCAUUGCAGAUUGUGGAGAUGCAAGUAAAUAUGGAUUGCAGUGGCUGCGAAAGGAAAAUUCGCAAGGCUCUUUCUCAACUCAAAGGGGUAGACAGUGUGGAGAUCGACAUGGCACUGCAAAAAGUUAGGGUAAGUGGGUAUAUCGAUCAAGAAAAAGUUAUCAAGACGGUGAGAAGAUGCGGGAAAAAGGCAGAACUGUGGCCUUAUCCUUAUCAUACUGAGUAUACUUGUUAUACUGAUCGUUAUUAUGAAAGACCAACGUUUGAUUCGAAUUACAAUUACCGUAAGCAUGGAUACAAUGGUAGCAGCCAUGGUUACUAUCAAAAGGCGCCAUACUCUACAGUUGUAGACGAUAAACUGGCAGAUUUAUUCAGUGAUGAAAAUCCGCAUGCCUGCAGAAUAAUGUAA